GACAGCGGGGUUCGCCAGAGAUGCUUCAAGAGCUGGUGGACCGCGAGGAGAGGCUCCCGGAGCCGGCGGGGAGGGCGCACCCCAGGGUCUGGGAGCCGGGAUUGGGGCGCUGUGAGCAAACCGAAAUAGACCCUGUACAGAGGAGGCAAGAGGCACAGGAGGGAGCCGGAAGCUUGGGCCCAAGAGCCGGUGUAGUGGAUUUCAACAAGUGUGAGAGGUGGCACGACCACUGGGCCGUUUUUUACAAGUGAAUUUCUAAUUUUGAGACUUUGGAGGUAGAGCAGUUUCCGGUGGUGAGCCCCCCACCUUUGGGAUGGCCUUCAGAGAAAUGGAAGAAUUAGCAGAACAUGGCGUAUUUCUCCCUCCCAAUAUGCAAGGACUGACUGAUGACCAGAUUGAAGAUUUGAAAUUAAAGGAUGAAUGGGGUGAAAAGUGUGUCCCCAGUGCAGGUUCAGUAUUUAAAAAGGAUGAUAUUGGACGAAGGAAUGGACAAGCUCCAAAUGAAAAGAUGAAGCAAGUUUUAAAGAAGACUAUAGAAGAAGCCAAAGCAAUAAUAUCGAAGAAACACGUGGAAGCCAAUGUCUGCGUUACCAUGGAGAUGGUGAAAGACGCCUUGGACCAGCUUCGAGGUGCAGUGAUGAUUGUUUAUCCCAUGGGGUUGCCGCCAUACGAUCCUAUCCGGAUGGAAUUUGAAAAUAAAGAAGAUCUGUCGGGGAGUCAGGCAGCACUCAGUGUCAUCACAGAAUCAGAGGCACAAUUGUGGUGGGCAGCGAAGGAGCUAAGACGAACAAAGAAGCUUUCGGACUACGUGGGGAAGAAUGAAAAAACCAAAAUUAUCGUCAAGAUUCAGCGGAGGGGGCAAGGAGCUCCAGCGCGAGAACCCAUCAUUAGCAGUGAGGAGCAGAAGCAGCUGAUGCUCUUCUAUCACAGAAGACAAGAGGAGCUCAAGAAACUGGAAGAAAAUGACGACGAUUCCUGUUUAAAUUCUCCGUGGGCAGAUAACACUGCUUUGAAAAGACAUUUUCAUGGAGUAAAAGACAUAAAGUGGAGACCAAGAUGAAGUUCACCAGUUGAUGAAGCUUUCUAAAAUAUUAGCUCACCUUUCUUUUGGCAAAAUGAUAAUAAUAAUAACUAAAAAGGACACCCACAGCUCUCUUUGAAAGUUGUUGAAAUUUCUGGUUUUCCUAGUUGUUUUUUCAGUUUGAAUGUUUAAAAUAAAAGUUAUUCAGGGUUUUAAAACUUAAUAAAUACAUCCUCAAAAGAA